AUGGUCGACUAUCUCAUUGCACUUCAUCAACAAGUGCCUCCAGACAAGCAACAGGUCACCCGCACAGAACCCACCCUUUCGUCGACCGCGGAACCCAGCGAGAACCUGAUGAGAACCACCUUUAAAAACCCACGACGAGAACCUCCGAGAAUAGGGCAGAACCACCCCACCGCCUCACUGCAUCACCGCUACAUUCCCAUCGCAUCAUAUAUUCAUUUUAUCAUCACAUCACCAUUCAAACCACCGCCACAUCACCAUCAGACCACCGUCACAUCACCAUCAACCUACCACCACAUCACCAUCAGACCACCGUCACCUCACCACCAAACUACCAUCACAUCAUCAUCAACCUACCACCACAUCACCAUCAACCCACCACAUUACCAUCAACCUACCAUCACAUCUCACCAUCACAUCACCAUCAACCUACCACCACAUCACCAUCAGACCACCGUCACAUCACCAUCAAACCAUCACCACAUCACCAUCAACCCACCGUCACAUCACCAUCAACCCACCACCACAUCACCAUUAGACCACCGUCACCUCACCAUCAACCUACCACCACAUCACCAUCAACCUACCACCACAUCACCAUCCACCCACCAUCACAUCUCACAAUAA